AUGUGGGACCAGUGCGGCAUCGCGCCAUCGACAGCUCUGAACUGCGCCUCACCACUGACCGGGAAGGCCGCCAAGUGGGCCAGCACCGGCACCGUGCGGGCCUGCCGUGCCUUGCUUGAGCCGGCAGGCCCGCGCGGCAGUGAUGGCGCGUACCACCUCAAGUGCCUCGCGCCGCCGCUGGCCGCGGUGCCCGAGGGCAGCUGGUUCUGCCCAAGCUGCGCCAGCGCCGCCGACUGCGGCCAGUGCAGGGACGCGCAAGGCGCGAUGCUUCCGCCCUCGCGCGCCAACCUGCCCUGCCGCGUCGCACCGCGCCGUGCUACGGGAGACGGCAAGGGCGGAGGCAAGGGCGGCGGCGGCAAGGGCGGCGGCGGCGCCGGCGCGGGCAAGAAGCCGCCCAAGGCGGAGCUGCCCAGCCGCCGCCGCGCGACUUGCCGAACGAGCGGACGCGAGGUUACCCGAGAGUACCCGAGAUUACCCAAGAGGCCGGCGGAGCUGCUGCGGCUCGAGGUCUCGCCCCUACGCGAGCCGCCGCCCACCCUCCCCACCGCCUCCGAGCUCAAGGCUGCCGACGAGGCCGAGGCGGCGGCCGCCGCGGCCGCGGCCGCGGCCGCACACACGCUGCGGCCACCGCGGACAGAGCCGGCGGAGGGGGCCGGCGGGCGGGGGGAGGAGGAGGAGGAGGAGGUCGAGCUCGGCGAGGACGGUCUGCCUCUGCUGCCGCACGGCGUGGCGGUGGGCGGGUUUGUGUCGGCGAUGGGGCUCGCGCCGGGGGGGAUGCGGCGCCGCUUCAAGGCGCACCUGCUGCAGGUGCGAGCGUCAAAGACGACGCCGCUGCUCCUCAAGUACCUCGAGGACUCCGAGGGCCGCACGGGCGCGCUCUUCGUGCCCGCCAACCCGCGCGCGUACGUCGGCUUGCGCGAGGUCGAGGCUUGGAAGGCGCCCGAGCAAGUGAGGCCGCCGCCCAUCGCCGCGGCAGAGCCGGCGGCGGUGGACGGCGGGUCGGCCGCCGCGCCUUCCGCCGCCGCCGCCUCCGACGCCGCCGAGGGCGGCGGGGGUUCGACGGGAGGGGAGCGGUCGGCGGGCCCGUCGCGGCUGCGGACGCGCGUGGUGCCUCCCGCUGCGCAGCUCAUCGGCUCUGUCGGCGGGCUCGAGGAGCACUGCGGGCUCGAGCUGCACCUCGACCCGCGGCGCACGAUGGACGGGUACAGCGGCACCGGCUACCGCGGCGUGUUUGAGGACUACUGGCCGAGCGGGUACAAGCGCGAGAGGCCGUUCACCGUGAUGUACGACGGCUCGUACGUCGGCCGCUACGCGACGGUGCUCCGCGCGGCGGUCCAGUUCGCGCGCGGCUCGAGAAGGGGAUGCCUCUCCUCGACAUGGCUCGCGUGUGAUGGCACGCCGUACGGCUUUACCAGGGAGGAGAGCUACGGGCCCCUCCCACUCCUCUGGCUGGCAUCGGCCAGCGGAAGCAGGAACGGCCCGAGCGGCAGCAGCUCACCAUUGCCAGAGGGCGGCACUGACGAGCUUGAGUUUAUGGAGGAGGUUGCGCUCGUCCAUGAUGCUCUGCGCCAGGGACGCCGCGGCCAGGGACACCCACCGCUUACGCACGUCUGCCAGACGGGCUUCAACGCGGGAGUUUCUGCGCUCGCGUUCCUCUGCAGCACACCGAGGAACGUGACCGUACACUCCUUCGACCUCGGCGAGCACGACUACGUCGCGGUCGCCCAGGACAUCCUUGAGCACGACUACGGGUACGCCAAGCGACAUCGGCUGGUGCUCGGAUCAUCGCUUGAAACGCUGCCCCUGGCGGUACAGAAAGGCGAGCUGCGCUGCGACUUCGUAUUCGUGGACGGCGGGCACGCGUUCAACAUCGCCUCGAACGACAUUGUGAUGUUUGGCCGCAUGUCGCACACAGGGGCGCGCCUUGUGGUUGAGAAUUGCAAUGUGUUUGGUCAAGCCAUCGGAUGGGGGGGGCAGCCUUCGGUGAACAGGGCCUACAGGAAGGCCUUGGCCUCGGGAAACAUCAAGCACAUCAAGCAAGUCAGCACAGGUGGCUGCCAUGCGCACAAGCUGGCGCACACAUGCCGCGAACUGUGUGUGGGAGAGUGGCAGGAGUCCAACUACACGAUCUGA